GCACGCAUGCGUACCACGUCACGCAGGCAGUGCCGGUUCCUAGGGAGAGAAGUGCUGUCGCUACCGAUUGUGCAGCGUCUCGGGUGGGCCGAGAGAAAACAAACACCCUUCACUUGACACUUGGGGCUGCGGACUGAGAUGUAACUCGGCAGAUCCUUCACGAUGAUCGAUAAAAACAUUUAUAUUGUGCAAGGUGAAAUAAAUAGUGUCGUUGGUGCUAUAAAGCGAAAUUCAAGAUGGACCACUCAUACUCCAUUGGAGGAAGAACAAGAUCUACUUCUAAAUAGUUUCAAUCAUCUCAAGGAUAUCUUGAACAAUAUAGCAGACCUCUCAGAAAUAGAACCAAAUGUUUUCCUUCGACCUUUCCUGGAGGUGAUCAGAUCAGAAGAUACUACUGGACCGAUCACAGGGUUGGCGCUUACAUCAGUAAAUAAGUUCCUGUCUUACGGAUUGAUAGAUGCCAGUCAUGAAGGUGCAGCAGAGGGAAUUGAAAACAUGGCUGAUGCUGUCACGCAUGCACGUUUUGUUGGCACGGACCCAGCAAGUGAUGAAGUUGUUCUGAUGAAAAUUUUGCAGGUCUUAAGAACGUUACUACUCACUCCCGUUGGUGCUCAUCUAACAAAUGAGUCAGUCUGUGAAAUAAUGCAGUCAUGUUUUCGAAUAUGCUUUGAAAUGAGACUUAGUGAGUUAUUGAGGAAAUCUGCUGAGCACACACUGGUAGACAUGGUGCAGCUGCUGUUCUCAAGGUUACCUCAGUUUAAAGAAGAAGCCAAGAGUUUUGUGGGAGCCAGCAUGAAGAAGGCUUACACUAUCUCAUGGAAAAACAAACGAGUGCAGCUUAAAAUGAGAGCAGGAGGAAUGAGUGAUUCGUCAAAGUGGAAAAAGCAGAAGAAAUCUCCACGACAGUCUCGUCAUGCAAGUAAGCUUCCCCUCACAUCAGAGCAACCGUCCAUUCCAGGCCAAGUUUUGCACAGUUCAGUAGAUUCUGUACCUCAGCACUUAAACAAUCAUCCAGGUGAAACACUCUUCCUAGAACAUUCAGUCGUACCUACAAGCAGUGCAAGUUCCGCUUCAACUGUUAUUUCUGAAGUUCCAUCAACUGUCUCGAGCCCUACCACGGACAGCAGUAUGGAACUUUCUUCAAAGACAACAUCAAAAGAAGAUCUUACAGAUCUUGACCAGGUCAAUACUACAGGUAUCACGCCAGUAAAUGCUCCUUCCACUGAGCCUGGUGAAGAGAAAAUGUUAGAACUGCAAAUCCAGCAAGAAUCGCAGAAGAGUGGAAGAGUAGAAGGCUUUUUGCCUAAGGAAGAAAAGGCUCAAUCAAUGUCAGUGGAAUCUAUUCCAGAAGUAUUUGAAGAUCGCGACUCCCUCACAGAAAUGUCCGAUACUGCUUCAAUCCACGAAGUACAUGAUAUGGACUAUGUUAACCCUCGUGGAGUUAGGUUUACACAGUCAACACAAAAAGAAGGUGCAGCUCUGGUUCCAUACGGCUUGCCUUGUAUACGGGAGCUGUUUCGUUUCCUUAUCUCCCUUACCAAUCCACAUGACCGUCACAACUCUGAUGUGAUGAUUCAUAUGGGUUUACAAUUACUUACUAUAGCACUGGAAUCAACCCACAUUGCCAACUAUACUUCUUUGCUUGGUCUUGUUAAAGAUGAACUCUGUCGGCACCUGUUUCAGCUUUUAACUGUGGAACGUCUUAAUUUGUAUGCCACCUCUCUCCGACUGUGCUUCCUUUUAUUUGAAAGUAUGCGGGAACAUCUUAAAUUUCAGCUUGAGAUGUAUUUGAAAAAUCUGAUGGAAUUGGUCACCUCAGAGAAUCCAAAAAUGCCAUAUGAGAUGAAAGAAGUGGCUUUGGAGGCACUCGUUCAACUGUGGCGAAUCCCAAGCUUUGCCACAGAACUGUAUAUCAACUUUGAUUGCGAUUUCUAUUGUUGUAAUCUGUUUGAAGAUCUUACCAAGCUACUUUCCAAGAAUGCUUUUCCUGUAUCUGGACAGCUGUACACCACUCACUUGCUGUCACUUGAGGCUUUAUUAACAGUAAUUGACAGUACCGAGGCUCAUUGUCAAGCCCAGGUUCUCAGUAAUACUCUACAGCUGGACAAAAGAGAUGGGAGCACUCUGACAUUGGAAAUGGGCGGUAUCCAAAAGACGGGGAACAGUGGCGUGUCGCUUCCUUUGGACGUGGAAGCAUCACUACUUCACCCCCCAACCAGUGGCCACCUUAUGGCUCAAAAAAUGAAAUUGGGACGGCAGGUUGCAGAGGAAGGUGAAACGGUAGAGAAGAGGCUGCCCAAGAAACCAAUUCGGUUUUCUUCAUUCCUGCCAAGCCCUCAGGAACUAUCGGAGAUUAGAAGCAAGAAAAAGUUGCUUAUUACUGGAACAGAACAAUUUAACCAGAAACCGAAAAAAGGCAUUCAGUUUCUUCAGGAGAAUGGCCUGCUUGCGUCCCCCAUGGACAAUAGUGAAGUCGCUCAGUGGCUUAGGGAAAAUCCACGACUAGACAAAAAAACGAUUGGCGAAUUUAUCAGUGAUCGGAAGAGCAUGGAACUCUUGGACAGUUUUGUUGGGACGUUUACUUUCCAAGGAUUGAGAGUUGAUGAGGCGUUGCGCUCCUAUCUAGAAGCCUUCAGACUCCCUGGUGAAGCCCCUGUCAUUCACAGAUUAUUAGAAGUCUUCACAGAUCAUUGGCAUAAAAUUAAUGGCUCACCGUUUUCCAACAAUGAUGCUUGCUUUGCACUUGCCUAUGCUGUAAUAAUGCUCAAUACGGACCAACACAAUCACAAUGUUCGUAAGCAAAAUGUACCAAUGACAUCAGAGCAAUUCAAAAAGAAUUUGAAAGGAGUUAAUGGCUCUAAAGAUUUUGAUCAAGAUAUGUUAGAGGACAUAUAUAAUGCAAUCAAGAACGAUGAGAUUGUGAUGCCAGAGGAGCAAACUGGUUUUGUGAAGGAGAACUAUAUAUGGAAUGUUCUCUUGAAUCGUGGGAGCUCACCAGAAGGCAUUUUCCUCCACGUACCCCCAGGAACCUAUGAUCAUGAUCUGUUCACCAUGACUUGGGGUCCCACCAUAGCUGCACUUUCUUAUGUUUUUGACAAGAGCUUAGAUGAAACAAUAAUACAGAAAGCAAUAUCUGGUUUCAGAAAAUGUGCAAUGAUUUCAGCUCACUAUGGAUUAAGUGAUGUGUUUGACAACCUUAUAAUUUCACUGUGCAAGUUUACAGCUCUUAGCAGUGAGACUGUGGAAAAUCUUCCAAAUGUUUUUGGUAGCAAUUCAAAGGCUCAACUUGCAGCCAAGACGGUGUUUAAUUUGUCUCAUCGUCAUGGUGACAUUCUUCGAGAGGGAUGGAAGAACAUUGUGGAUGCAAUGCUGCAACUUUUCCGUGCUGAGCUAUUGCCCAAAGCCAUGGUGGAGGUUGAAGACUUUGUUGAACCCAAUGGGAAAAUCUCUCUCCAGCGUGAAGAAACCCCCUCAAAUCGUGGAGAGUCCACAGUCCUUAGCUUUGUUAGUUGGCUUACAUUAAGUGGUAAUGAGCAAUCCAGCCUAAGAGGACCAUCUAUAGAGAAUGAAGAGGCCAAACAAGCAGCACUGGAAUGCAUUAAGCAAUGUGACCCUGAAAAGUUGAUUACGGAGAGUAAAUUCCUUCAGCUCGAGUCUCUUCAAGAAUUGAUGAAGGCUCUCAUUUCUGUGGCACCAGAUGACGAGACCUAUGAUGAAGAAGACGCUGCAUUUUGCUUAGAGAUGCUGCUGAGGAUAGUGCUGGAAAACAGAGAUCGUGUUUCCUUUGUCUGGCAAACUGUACGAGAUCACUUCUACCAUUUGACUGUUCAUGCCACAGAGCAAUGCUUUCUUGUUGAAAGAGCAGUUGUUGGUCUUCUCCGCCUGGCAAUACGGUUACUGCGCAGAGAGGAGAUCAGCCCACAGGUGUUGCUGUCCUUGCGAGUUCUUCUCAUGAUGAAGCCAACUGUCUUGUCAAGAGUGAGCCGACAAAUUGCAUAUGGCCUCCACGAGCUGUUGAAGACCAAUGCUGCUAAUAUUCACUCUAGUGAUGAUUGGUGCACCUUGUUUACUCUCUUGGAGUGCAUUGGAGCAGGAGUCAAACCUCCACCUGCUCUACAGAUAACGUCGGGAGUCGAUAGCCAUGACGCAGGUGCACAAUCCGAUAGUGAAAUUGUAUCUUACCAUGCCAACGAAGUUAGUUCAGAUCGUGGCUACACUUCAGACUCUGAAGUCUACACCGAACAUGGCAAGCAGACUAAGGUACACCGUUCUGCCACUGAUGUUGACGUUGCCAGCAGUGGCUGGCUGGUGGUGGGGAAAGAUGAUUUCGAUCUCAGCAAACCUUGCCAAGGUACCAAACAGGCUCUUCCUCCUCUGGUCAAUCAGUACAGCCUCACCCUUGGGCAGGAUAUGGGCUCACAUGACACAAAGUCACUUAUCAAGUGUGUGGAAUCACUGUCAUUUAUUGUGAGGGAUGCUGCUCAUGUGACGCCAGAAAACUUUGAAUUGUGUGUAAAAACGAUUCGCAUCUUUGUAGAAGCAAAUCUCAAUGGUGGUUAUAAAACACAUGAAAGGAAAUCUAAAACUUACAAGUUUGAUAAAUCCAACCGUUUGAAGAAGAAACAAAAAGAGAAGGAGAGUUCCAUGAAACGCUCAAAGACUUUUAACCAUCGCCCAUCAAGAUCACAUAGUGAUGAUGAUGAGGAUGACAGUGUACCAGCAAGUUAUCACACUGUAUCAUUACAGGUUAGUCAGGAUCUUCUGGAUUUGAUGCACACACUCCAUACAAGGGCUGCCAGUAUAUAUAGCUCAUGGGCUGAGGAACAACGCCACUUGGAGUCAGCAGGAAGGAAAAUUGAAGCUGAUGCCAAAACGUUAUGGUCUAAUUGUUGGUGUCCACUGUUGCAAGGCAUUGCUUGGCUUUGCUGUGAUGCCAGACGUCAAGUCAGAAUGCAGGCGCUUACUUACCUACAAAGAGCCCUGUUAGUGCAUGACCUACAAACAUUGGAUGCUUUGGAAUGGGAAUCCUGCUUCAACAAGGUCUUAUUCCCACUAUUGACCAAACUGUUGGAGAAUAUCAGCCCAGCUGAUGUUGGUGGAAUGGAAGAGACCAGAAUGAGAGCUUCAACUCUGCUUUGCAAAGUUUUCCUCCAACACCUGUCUCCACUGUUGUCUCUACCAACAUUUGCUGCCCUUUGGUUAACAAUCCUGGAUUUCAUGGAUAAGUACAUGCAUGCAGGAUCCAGUGACUUAUUGUUGGAAGCCAUUCCAGAAUCACUGAAGAACAUGCUGUUGGUUAUGGAUACAGCUGGUAUCUUCCAUUGUGCAGAUUCAAGGACUGGUUAUUCCCAGCUUUGGGAGAUUACAUGGGAGAGAAUAGAUUGUUUCCUGCCUCAACUGAAGGAUGAACUCUUUAAACAAACUGUCAUUCAAGAUCCUAUUCUUGGCCCAGCAGCUGAGCCAUCAUCUUCAAAUUCAGUGCAACAGGUUAGCAGUGCACAAACAUCUAUCCUCCCAGGCUCAGAAGCAAAUCUACCUGCCAGUCAAAUAACUGCACCUGAAAACCUUGCUGAGGCUAGUGCCAAAGAAGCUGAAAAUGUACGAGUUGGAGAAACUCCCAGCCUUACACCAAUAACAACUCCUGUCUCUACACCAGUGAAGAUGAUUGUUGGGCCAGAAAAUAAUCAGUCACUGACCCAGUCUCCGUUAAUUCUGCAGCCUCUUACUUCUUCACUGCAAGUUGGUGUUCCAUCCAUGCAUUUGCCUAUUAUACUUAAUCCAGCUUUAAUAGAAGCUACAUCUCCUGUCCCACUGUUGUCCACCCCUUUACCUGCUACUACCACCAGUGCAUCUGAGGUGAACUAGAUUGGGCAAGAACCAAUUCUUUUACACAGGCUUUAGAGAGUAUCCUGUGCUUAUGCUCAUCCAGCAACUGUUUUAUCAGUGCACUGUCAUGACAGUGACUUCUUUCUGUUCAUUUUUGUAUUAAUGUUCACCUCCAUUUGAAAUCAACAGAUACUAGCUGGGUUUGUGAUCCUUAUUAACCUAGUUAUUUUGCAUUUGUCAAUAGCACUACACUGUUCUUUAUAAUUUCAGCUGUAGGAACCAUGUAAUUUUAAACAUCCUAAAGAUUGGAAGUUGAGGAUGUUGAAGAACAUCUGUGGUACAUUGCAAUUUUUUUCAUUCUGCUUCAGUUACAGUUACUAAAUUACUGCAUCAGAAUUAUUUGUCUUGGCUAUAGUGUAGUGCCCCAGCUCUCCCCACCACUCCAACACGCACAAUCACUGCAUUAUAAAUCAGAAUAUGGACAUUAAACAUUGUUAAAUAUACUUUGAGUGCAGCUCAAUAUUUUAAACUAUGAUUCAGAGGUAUGUUUUUGCUGCAGCCUCUUCUGUGACUUUGGCCUACCUGUUAACUAAUUUAGUGGAACAGCAGGACUCUGAUUAAAAGAAUGGUACUACAGAGAAAACUUAGUUGUAAUAAAAUGCAAAGUAGUUUUCAUAAAAAUCUAUAGCGAGGACAAUUAUUUAACCAAACUCUGUCUACUUGUAAACUCCAUGAUCAUCUUAGCACCAUGUAGUGUAGCUUGCUUCCUUUUCCAAGGCAUGGACUACAUUUUCUGUCUCACCACCUCUUCUAACAUCUGUAACCUUUCAAUUAGCACUGUUAUUAAUCAUUUGGCCUGUACUAAAUUUUCUAGUUUUAUUUGUAACAUCAAACAUUUUCUACACUGCACACUAACUCUCAACAAAUGUGAUCUGGUUUGGAAUUUAAAAAAAAAAUUAACACUGUAAACAUAUAAUUCUGCAGUAAAUAUUAACUUGUACCAUUUCUUAGUUUCGUAGACUUCUAACUAUUAUAAAAUGCUAGUGGACAUACUGAGUUCUGCUUUAUAUUCUUGACCCCAGAUCUUUUACCAUGCUGAUACCCAAGGUUAGUCAUAAAUGACCUACCAUUGUUUACUAGAGGCAUGAAAUGCCAAAGCUUGUGUAAUUUGAGACCAAUAAUCUGUAUUUAAAAGUAGUUAUGUUACUUUGUUUCAGAUUUUGUAUAUUUCAGUCUGAUUUUAAUUUAAUGGUAAUGUGUGGAAAAUGUCAGCAGGAUCUUCUAUGCAUCUGCAAACUUUUGUGAUCUGUUCUACUGUACUGUAAGGUUGGUUAAGAACAUAAACACAUAAUAAAGAUAAUGUAUAUAAUAAAGAAUGGUAAAAACAAGAUUUAAAUGUACUUUUUACAGAGUAAUAAAUAUCAUAU